CAGUCAGUCAACUGUCAAAGUCAAAGUGUUCAAUAAAUUCACCAAAACAAACUUGGCCGUCCCUAAAUAAAUACAAAUUCAUAAAGAUAAAAUUAUAAUGUUAUGACUAAACCGAAUAUGUAUAAGCGAGUAAACAAUUUCGGCACAACAUUAGUUUUGUGUUCAGUUUUAUAUUGGGGAAGAGUAGCAUUGACGGAGAUAUUUGAAGACGAAACUGCACUGGUGGACGAAUGGCUUGACCAAAAUGAUCUCGGUGAAUAUAAGAAGCUGUAUAAGGAAUAUGGUAUCUCGACGCUGUCCGGGUGCGGGUCGCCGGACGCGGUGGACCGGCUGCCGGAGUUGCCGGCGGCGGAGGAGCGGCGGCUGCGGCGCGCCGCGCACGUGCUGCAGCAGCGGCUGGUGCUGCGCCAGUGGCUCGCCACGCAUCGCCUGCAGCACGCGUACUCCAAAUUACUCAGUCUAGACGUGUCAUCGUUAGAAGAUGUAUACUGGUUGGAAGACUCAGCAGCGCGCCACGUGCUGGAGUCGAAGGACUUCGGCGCGUGGUCGGCGGCGCGGCAGAGCCUGCCUACCGGCAAGGAGGCGCUUCAAACCCUCAAGGCGGACCUCUGGAGCGCCGUCGUCAAGAACAGCAAGCACCAGGACGCGUGGACAUGGGGCGGCAUGCUGGUGGUGUCGGUGUCAGUAUGCGGGCUGGUGACGCUGGCCGCCAUGACGCAGCCCGCGCUGGCGCCCGAGGCCAAGCACUCGCUGCUGCAGUACGUCACCGGGAAGUACCUGCACCCGCCCAGCUGUAGGAUAACCCCGGUGAUAGAGCUGGGUUCGGGGGACCCGGCGCUGGCGCACACGGCGCGCGUGCACUUCACCGUGCGCGCCGCCGGCAUCUACACCAUCACCGUCACCAUCGGCGGUGCGGGCGUACUCGGCAGUCCUUUCCGGCGUCGCUUCAUCGCGGGCGCGGUCUGCGCGCGUCUGUCGCGCGUGCGGCGACACAGCGCGCUUGUAUGCUGCGCCAACACUCCGCGCGCCGUCAUACUGCACCCACGAGACACCCACGACAACCCCGCGCCGCUGCCCCGCCCGCCCGCCGGUUUCACCGUUUCGCUGAGCCUGCUAGGCUCCCCUCCAGACGCGAGCCUGUCGGAGGCGGCGGUAUUCUCGUACGACUCUGUCAACGAGCGCGCGUCGCUGUCGCUGACGUUCCCGGCGCCGGGCGUGUACCGCGCCGCCGUCGCCUACGAGGGCACCGUGCUGCUCAACGGAGAAUUCGACUGCAUCGUACUAUCAGAGAGCGACGCGGCGGUGGUGGCGCGUCAGAUCGGGUCUCGCCGCGAGCACAUCUGCUACGAGGCGCGGCUGCUGGGCGCGCGGCCCCGCCGCGUGCUGUGCUGCCUGGGCCCGAGGCAGUUCAUCGUCAAGGACUACAUAUUCAAGUUCAUACCCAAGCGGAUCACCACUUUCCGCCUCUGCCCCUCCACGAAGUUGACGCUGCUCGCCCGCGAGGAGUCCGACACGGGCCCCGCGGGGUCGCUGGUGGUGGAGGACGGCGUGCAGGCCGCGCUGUCACUGUGGGCCCCGCGCCGGGACCUGCUGGCCGCGCACUUCACGCAGCUGCUGCGGCACCACGCCGGCGCCGACGACUGCUUCAAGAACAAACAGGAGUACUUUUACGCGGCCCUGCGCAAGCUUCACGCGCGGCACCCGCACGACAAACUGCCGUUGCGCGUGCGACGCGACGAUCUGGUCCGGUCCGCGUUACGGGCUACCAAGCACUUCACCAUCGCCGACUGGUGCAAGAGCUUCGACGUCAGCUUCCAUGGCGAACAAGGCGUGGACUGGGGCGGGGUGAGGCGCGAGUGGUUCUCGUUGGUGUGCGGUCAGCUGUUCGACGCCGGGUUCGGGUUGUUCGCGGCGCUGCACGACGCGCCGGCUGCGUUGGUGCAUCCGAAUCCUGCGCGACCGCCACAUCUCAAGCUGAAAUACUUCGAGCUGGCGGGCAAGUUGGUCGGCAAGUGCCUGUACGAGUCUGCGCUGGGCGGGCCCUACAGGCAGCUCGUGCGCGCCAGGCUCACCAGGUCCUUCCUUGCGCAGAUCAUUGGCCUGCGAGUGCACUAUAAGUAUUUCGAACAAGACGACCCCGAGUUGUACCUGACGAAGAUCAAGUACGUACUGGAGACUGAUCUGGACGCCAAUGAUGCAGCGCCCGAGAUCUACUUCUGCGACGACGUCUACGAGAACGGACGGUUCGUGUGUACGCACGAUCUUAUACCCAACGGCUCCAAUAUAAGGGUGCGCAACUCGCACAAGCUGCAGUACUUGGACCUGGUGGCGCAGUGGCGGCUGGCGGCGCGCGUGGGGCCGGAGACGGGCGCGUUCCUGCGGGGGCUGGCGCUGCUGGUGCCCGACACGCUGCUGGCCGCCUUCGACGAGACCGAGCUCGAGCUGCUGCUCUGCGGCUCCGGGGACCUGGCGCCCGCCGACUGGCGCGCCCACGCCGUGCAGGGCGGGAGCGGUCGCGACUGGGAACGUUUGAUGGGGUGGUUCUGGGCCGCAGUGGAGAGCUUCACCCCCGCGGAGAGGGCGCGCCUGCUGCAGUUCACCACCGGCUGCAGCCAGCUGCCCCCGCGCGGCUUCCAGGAAUUGAACCCGCGUUUCCAAAUAACUCCAGCGCCGAACUUCGGUGCGCUCCCGACUGCCCAUACUUGCUUCAACCAGUUGUGCCUUCCCGAUUACGACGGAUACGAGCAACUCGUGAAGGCUUUACUUUGGGCCAUCAACGAGGGGGGAGAGGGGUUCGGGAUGAUAUAGAAUGUAUCUAUCAUACAUUCAUACCAUUCAUUUUGACUACAAUAGCUGCGAAAAAAUAGUCGUGGCAAUUACUUUGAGUUGAAAGCAUAGGGUGAAAAGAUUAGAACUAAAUCUAUCACUCUAUCACACACUUUUAAGUGCAAAAGUUACGAAAAAGAUUUUCUAGCCAACACUGCAGAUAUAAAAAUAUAAAGAAAGACAUUCCAUAAUUUGUAUUUAAUGUUUCUUACUGGUGUUCUGGCGUACGAUAUCCCCAGUAAGAGAUAGUAACUAUGUUAUAUUUCAAUAAUUAUUAAAAAUUCGUUUGCUAUUUUUAAUUGUCAAAACGAAGCUCUGUUAGGUAAUUUUACAAGAAAUAGAUUCUUGAAAACAGUCAUUACUUUUAUAUAUAUAUUUUGUUUUUAAGUAUUUAACUCUAGAUGUUUAAAUCUAUAGUCUGUUCGAAACGAAUUUAGACCAAAAGUAAACAAACACU